AUGCAUUAUUCUUUGCUUCUAAUACUUAUUGUACCAGUUAUUGUGAACGCUCAAUGUGAACUGGGAUCAGUUUAUAAUUCUGAUAAAAAUGUAUGUUUCACCUUCUACAAUGCUUCCGUUGAUUUCCAAACCGCUGAGUCGAUUUGCACCGUGUCGAAUGGUCACUUAGCAUCAGUUCACAAUAUUAUCGACAACAACUACCUUGCAAAACAAGCGCAACAGUAUAUAUCACCGAACGGAAUCAUCUGGCUUGGUGCCAAGUCUACUUCUCAAAAUGUUACUGAUUGGAACUGGUCUGAUGGUACUCCAUUUGAUUGGCAAUACUGGCAAUCUGGUGAACCAAGUUCUCUUGAGACAACUGCUUGCAUGCAGUUCUCAGCUGCAACUUCUAAAUGGAGAACUGCAAGUUGUAUCAAUUAUGCACCAUUCAUCUGUGAAUAUCCACCUGGCGAGGUUGCAGUUACUUGUCCUCCGUCGAUUAUAAAAUCAUGCCCAUCGGAAUACUACUAUUUGGAGGAAACUCAAAAAUGUUACAAGGUUGUGAUUGAUAGAGGAAAUUACGACAAUGCCCGUAGUGGAUGUCUGAAUGACGGUGCUGAAUUAGUAUCGAUUCAUUCUUACACGGAGAAUUCAUUUAUCCAUGAUAUUUCACAAACUGGACAUGACGUUUGGUACGACACCAAUGAGGACCAGACAAAUGAUAUCUAUAUCGGUCUAAUUUACAAUGGAUAUUGGCGAUGGACAGAUGGAACAUCAUUUGACUAUUCUUCCUGGGCAUCUGGAGAGCCGAAUAACAUGAAUAGAGAAUUCUGGACUACGUACAUGCCGGAUGCCCACACCGAUAACCUCAGACCAAAUUACAAUCCGAAUGGUCUCCAAUGGAAUAAUGAAUUCUACUAUUGCUUCGCCAUCUUCAACGUCAUCUCGUUAUGCCUCUACAUCCCACUACACUCAUCCAGUGGAAAAUUCCGAAUGAGUUACCGUAACAACUAUAUAAUAUAUACCGUCGUAGCAAUUAUUCAUAGCCUAAUUCUGGUAAUUGGAAUCGUUCACUCUACAGGAUUUGAAAAUACAUUCGGGUGUAUUUUCUUUCAAGUCUAUUAUUCACUAUUUACACUCAGUGCUAUCGACUUUCUUGUUGGAUGGAAAGGAUGCAAAGAGCAUUAUGAUGUUGUUCCGGUACGCAGAUAUAGACAAGCAGACAAAGGAAACCAAAUGCUUGUUACUGGAGCUAGGAGAUUGAUCAAAGAUUAUGUCCCGGUACCUAAAGAUGCAUCGGAAAAUCAUCGGACAGCUAAACCGUCAAAGUGUCCGAUUUGCUCAUCAGAUACAGUCAGAAUAUUAACGGAAUGUGGACAUACUGUAUGCGAAGGGUGUGCCAGGAAAAUAUUAGAGAGAACUUGUAAGAUUAAAUGUCCGGUCUGCAGAAAAGUCACGAUAGUUGAUGAGACAAAGAGAAUCUAUGUACCAGUAUCUAUGGAUGUGGGACAUAGUGCACCGGUAGAAGAGCUAGAAGAUCGUAGACCUGAAAAUCGAACAGCUUCGCACUGCGAAUGUCAAAUUUGCACAGAAGAAUACAGUGAUGCAAUAAUCCCCAGAAUUCUAUCACAAUGUGGACAUACUGUAUGUGAGGAGUGUGCCAGGAAGUUGUUAGGACACCAAGGGAAUAUUACGUGUCCGGUAUGCAGGGAAGAAACCAAUGUUGAUGGAAGAGUGGAGAACUUACCGAAGAACUUUGCAGUGAUUGAAAUGACACGUGGAAAUUUGAAUGCGUAA